AUGACGAAAAAGUCGAUAACUUUAGAAGUGGAUCCAACAAUCAUGGAAAAGAACAUGAGAAUUAUCGAGGAGAAUCCAGUUGAAGAAGAAAUAAACAAAUUAUUAGCUUCAGUGGACACUGUACCGUCCAAGCUAGUUAAACCAAGACCAGGUAUGUGCGUUAAAACAUUUACCAAGCCAGACAAUAAGAAAGUGUUUGUAAACAUAUGUCUUACGGAAGCUAUACCGUGUCCUAGAGACAUUACUAAUGAGGAACUAAUGCAGAUAUUGAGCUCUGAGGAUCCAUCUACUUACAGAGUUCCCAUGAGUAUCGGCGAGGGUCGAACAGAGCAGGAUAAGUCUGGCUUACCUACCACAGUAUAUGAUGUUGCUAUCAAUCCUGAAUUUUUCAAAAAAAUUGAGAAAGAUGACUUAUUUCGCACAUUCUUUCUUACUGUUGUCUUUGAGGGCUUGCAGGAUAAAUAUCAAUUUGAAAUUGACAUGCAAAAGUUCUGUGUGCUUAAGAAUAGGAAGUCCAUUGGUACUUUGCAGUCUCAUAGAAUUCAAAUAAGAGACGUGCAGAACUGUGAAGAGGCAAUGAAGCCUCCUCUCAUUGAGGAGAUAGGGGAUCAGAAAACUUCGAAGAUUGUUGAAAUACCAGAGCCUAAGAAAAAGGAGAUAGUAUAUAGAUUGAGAAGGGAACCACCUACUGGUGAGAUAGAGUACUUGUUGGCUGAAUUUCAAAUACCUGCUACUAUGGAUUUAAAGGAUGUCAACCUGGAAGUGGGUGAAGACAGAGUUGUGUUAGACCUUGAGGGAAUGUACAAUCCAGUAGACUUUUUUCUGCCUUGCAGCGUAGACCAGGAAGUUAUUGAUGCUCAGUUGAAUAGGAACAAUGAUAUGCUCUCUGUGAAAAUGCCAGUUAUCCAUUAAUUUGCUUUGCUGCUCAUUUUAUUAUGAAACUAUUCCAUUUUCAUCUCAAAUGUAUUCAAAUUGAUAUUCUUUUGUUUCAUUUUUUAGAUUAUGUUUAUGAAUUGGGUUAUCAGGGUUACAUAGAAAAUAAAAUAAAAUUUUCACAAAUAAAUUUAUUAAAAAUUCAUAAAUAUUAC